AUGGCUCAACAAUCUCCGCUGCCCGACCACUCCCAACAGCCUCCACCUACUCUCACCAACCCACGCUUUACCCUUGAGCUGGAAUUCGUCUGCUCUCUCGCAAAUCCUUACUACCUAUCUCAUCUAGCAGUGACCUAUCCAAACUUGCUUGGAAUCUCUCGAUCUGAGGACGACAGCGAUGCGGAGACAACCUCGUCCCCUGACGCACAAGCUUUCGCCGCGUACCUUGCCUACCUUUACUCCUACUGGAAGACGCCCGAGUAUGCACAGUUCCUGACGCACCCGGGUGCAACCUUACGUGCGCUACGUCUGCUUCAAGAAGAGACUUUCCGCCGUGACAUUAUCCGACCACAGGUCAUCGAAGCGUUGGCCGGUGUCGGUAUUGAUAAUCAGAGCGGACAACAAUCCACCGAGACGAUGGAAGGACAACAUGAGGCGGGAAAUGCGGGGCGACUGGAAGGAGCUGGAAAGGAAAAUCCGAAGACAUGA